UGGUGUGGAGAAUUACACAGGCUACUUAUAUUUGUCUUUUCACUAAUUUUCGAUACGUCCGUUAAUUUUAGAUUUCUCGACAUAUACCAAGAUCUCUCGAUAUAUGAGAGAUUAUUGUCUUCCUAGGUUUUGUAAUUUUCUCCUUGCAACAUAAAAAAUAUUCAAUUGUUGCUAUGGACAUGGUCGAUGCAAAUUCGACUGGCGGCCUUUCAAUCCCAGGAUCUGCCCAACGGCGCAAGAAAGCUUAUAGCGUAUCCCUACAUGAAAAUAGUUUUGACAUCUCUGAAGUACCUUGUGUACAAGAAGUUGCCUCCUCAAAUGAUGGUGGUACUUUAACACCUGUUGCUGACAAAUGCUUUAAUUGUGGACAACAUAUACCACCAAGUGCCUGCAAGGAGAAUGAUGUGAGACAAAGCAGAGCUCCCAUAACCAAUCACAGUCCAAUCAGUCAAAAUAUCAAAAGAAACCCUGUGACUGAACUACAACCAGUUGCUACUUCACAUUUAGAAUAUGAGUCAUGUGCGUCCAGUGGGGAAACUCCUCUGUUGGAUCACUGCCAUAAGGCAAGAGUGUCAACUGUAGAUUCAAAGGCUAAGAAAAAGCUUAUAAUAGCAAGUGUUCUAUGUUUGGUCUUCAUGGUAGGAGAAGUUGUAGGAGGUUACCUUGCAAAUAGCUUGGCAAUAGCCACAGAUGCAGCUCACCUUCUAACAGAUUUUGCUUCAUUCAUGAUAUCAUUGUUUAGUUUGUGGCUUGCGUCUAGACCUCCAACUAAGCGCAUGAGCUUUGGUUGGCACCGCGCAGAGGUUAUUGGAGCGCUGACAUCGGUUCUGAUGAUAUGGGUUGUAACAGGGAUCCUAGUUUACUUGGCUAUUCAAAGACUUGUUAACAAAGACUUCGAUAUCGAGGCCAAAAUCAUGUUAAUAACAUCGGGCCUAGGAGUAGCCGUUAACUUAGUAAUGGGUUGCACGCUCCACCAGCAUGGACAUAGUCAUGGAGGCAACAACAACCAGCAUAGCCACUCAGCCCAUAGCGAUGACACCGAAAGCCAACCUUUACUCAGCCAUAGCCAUGGUGGGCACACGCAUGAUGAUGUGGAGAAUAUCAAUGUCCGAGCAGCCUUUAUCCACGUUGUUGGAGAUUUUGUUCAAAGUCUUGGAGUUUUCAUAGCCGCCAUCAUAAUUUUUUUUAAGCCGGAGUGGGCAAUAAUUGACCCUAUCUGCACAUUUUUAUUUAGCAUCUUAGUUCUAUUCACAACGAUCACAAUCUUAAAAGAUGCGUUAACCGUAUUGAUGGAGGGUUUACCACGCGGACUAGAUUUUAAUAGAGUGCAGGAAACAUUUUUGUUGAUAGAUGGUGUGAUUCGUGUACACAAUCUUCGCAUAUGGGCACUCACAAUGGACAAAGUUGCAUUAGCUGCGCAUUUGGCUAUUCGUCCUGGCGCACGGACACAAGAAGUGUUGUUGCAAGCAUCGCGAUUGGUGCGUUCUCAAUUUGAUGUCUACGAGAUGACCCUGCAAAUUGAAGAAUUUGAAGCUGGGAUGGAAGAUUGUGUCCAAUGCCAAGACCCUUUAGAUUAAACACCGUAUUUUGAAUGAUGUUACGAAAUUUUUUCUCAAAUUGGCAAUUCAAGCUCAACAAUUUCAACGUGUAAAGAACCCUAUAACUCCGUCACUGAGUCGGCCUUAAAGAUCUUUGAAAGACUACGCAUUAGACAUGGCCGUGUGUCCAGUGUUGUCCUUUUUUCUCA